AUGCUAGAACGUCAAUUACGUGAUCGGUCUGCAACGGGUCUCAACCAUCCCCGACUUGAAGUGGAAUUGAAACAAAGGUGGCCAGAGCUAAAAACAUUCGAUGAUAUUGAAGGCAUAGAAAACGAAGUGUCGUUCGCGGAAGUUUUCAAAAUAGCGCUAUCAAGAGAGUUGGCGGAAAAAGACAUUGUAGAAAGUGAAUGCGCGGAAGUGAAAAAGAUAGUAAAACGUCGUUCGAAAAUCGAUCGGAUCCAGCCAAAACUACGGGCUUAUGGCAAUUUCGAUUUACCUUGCCAAGGGGAAGCUACAGUGACAGUGACGCUGAACAAGCGAACGCGAUCUUUAAAAGUAGUCGUGGUGGACAACGCGAAUCCAAUGUUAUUUGGCUUAGAGUGGAAUGAAGCCUUCAAUUUGCCACUGCCCGAACCAGUGUACAACGUAGAUCGUGUCAACAACCACGUGCAGCCGACAACGAAACCACUGCAUCAGAAGUUAAAUGACAUAUUGGAAGAGAACAAGCAGCUAUUCGAAGAAGGACUGGGAAAAAUAAAUAACUACCAAGUUAAAAUUCACGUAAAGGAAACAGCAACACCAAUACAUAUUCCAGCCAGGCCAGUCCGAUUCGGAAUUCAAAAAAGCGUGGAAUUCGAACUUGAAAGGUUACAGCAGCUUGGAAUUAUCUCACCUGUUGACCCCAACGAAACACCGAUCGAAUGGGCAACACCCACUGUCAACGUGGUUAAACGAAACGGAAAUAGACGUAUUUGUGGUGAUUUUCGUGUUACACUGAAUCCAGCACUAGUAACAAUACGACAUCCAGUACCAACAUUCGAAAACAUCCGUCAGCAGCUUGCCAAGGGUGAGAAGUACACGAAUUUAGAUCUACGCGAUGCCUAUCUACAAUUCGAGAUUAGUCCAGAGUCAAGAAAAUACCUAAUCAUAUCCACACACAAAGGUUAUUUUCAGUAUAACCGUAUGACUCCUGAUAUAUCGAGUGCACCCGGAACAUUUCAAAAUUAUAUGGAAAAUCUACUUGCUGGCAUACCCAACGUUGCAAUCUAUUUCGACGACAUAGGCAUUACAGGUCCAUCUAAGAUCAUUAAGAGAAACAGUAUCGACUAUUUGGGCCAUCAAUUCAACCGAAAAGGGAUCUAUCCAGUGGAAGACAAGCUGAUAGCAAUCAAAAAUGCUGCAAUACCCACUAACAAGAAGGAGUUACGAUCUUUUCUGGGAUUGGUCAAUUUUUACGAGAAAUUCAUACCCAACUUACAUGGAGCAUGUUCCGAACUACACGCAUUAACUGGUACAAAGUCGCAAUGGCGAUGGUCAAUAAAGGAACGGAAACAAUUUGAUAAUGUUAGACAUAUGAUAGCUAGCGCCCGUCAUCUAACUCCUUACGAUCACACAAAACCGCUUUAUUUGGCAACAGACGCAUCCGAUGUAGGCCUUGGUGCUGUUUUAUAUCAUCAGGACGAGGCUAACAACGAGUUACCUAUCGCCUACGCGUCACGAAAAUUGAACGAAGCAGAACAAAAAUACGCUACCAUUGACAAGGAGGCAUUAGCAAUAUUUUUCGCCGUGAAGAAAUUUGAUCCAUAUUUACGUGGGACAAAGUUUACAUUAAUUACGGAUCACAAGCCGCUUCAACACCUGUUGGGAGACAAACGAAAUUUGCAAAAAAUCGUAAACAACCGUCUGACGAGAUGGGCACUAAUGUUGGGUGCAUACAAUUACGAUAUACAGUAUCGUCAAGGCAAAUACAAUAUUCUAGCUGAUUGCUUAUCACGCUUACCAAACGCACAUGAAGCAAUUUCGGAGGAAGCGCAGAAGAUUCAUAAAAUUUAUGCGGUAAUUCAAACACGGAAGCUUGAUGAUAUUGUACUAACAGAACAGGAACUUAUGAAGCAGACGAAACAUAACCUAAUAUUACGACGAGUAAUUGAGUUAAUUGAGCGUCACUGGCCAGACACGAAGUGUAUCAACAACGAGCUGAAACCAUACUACGACAAACGGGAGGAACUAUCAUACGAAAACGGUAUUUUGAUGUGGCAAGGACGAAUUAUCGUGCCCGAUAAUCUUCAAGAAGUAACAUUGAGGCAUCUUCAUAGAGGGCAUCUAGGCAUUGGCUCUAUGCGUGCGUUAGCGAGGUACUAUGUAUGGUGGCCGAACAUCGACAAGGACGUGGAACAUACAGUGAAAUCAUGCAUGGCAUGUCAACGGCAACGCCCAAAACAAUCUGAACUGCCAAUCUACUUUUGGUCCCUGCCAGAGCAUUGUUGGCAACGACUGCAUGUGGACUUUGCAGGUCCCUUCGAAGGAAAAAUGUGGAUUGUGCUUGUUGAUGCUUUAUCAAAGUGGGUAGAAGCAGAUGUACUUUAUGCUGCCACCACAAGAACUUUGUGCGAAUUCCUAGAGGAGAAGUUUAUAACAUUUGGUUAUCUGGAAAUUAUCGUGUCGGAUAAUGGUAGUCAAUUUACGUCAGAAGAGUUUCGAAAUUAUUGUCAAAGUCAUGGAAUAAAACAUGUAACGUCUUCACCGUACCAUCCGAAAACCAACGGACUAGCCGAACGAUUCGUACGAACAUUCAAGGAGCGCAUGAAAGCCAGUGAAUAUGAUGGUUUAUCACAACGUCAGCGCUUGCGCACAUUUCUAUUUACAUAUCGAAACACACCACACUCCUUUACAGGGAAGGCACCAUCUGAAUUUUUGCUAGGUCGACGCCUGCGAACUUUAUUUGACAAUCUGAAGCCAACGGCUAAGAAAUCGACCCAAGAGACAAGUCGAAGAGAUGUAAAAUUACUGAAGGAAGGAGAAAUGUAA